GUGAAUGGGCAGCUCCCAGGGGUGUUUGGGCGGCUGAGGGGACAGAUCCAUGCGGUACCGCUGCUGUAGAACCGUACAAACACGCUACCACGAACGUGGAAGCGUUUCUGGCUCAUAACGGUCUUGAUUUAGCUGAGGCGAUGAAGGAGACGAGCUCCAAGCCCGUUUCCGACCGAACUUCAGUUAAAGAUACAGAAACUUGACUGUAAACAGAGAAGAGAUCGUCAUGAAGAAGGCUGCAGCUGGGAGGAGGGGGCGUGGUCCUGAGGGGGCGUGGUCCUGAGCGGCCGCGUCACGGCCAUGGAGCUGCUGCUGGUCACGUGGUUGGAGCUGCUGCUGGUCACGUGGCUGCCCCUGGUCCAGCCGGCUGUGAGCGAGCUGCCGAUGCCUGUGAACCUCACCCUGAACUUCAGCCACCUGGGUUUCAUGCUGAGGUGGGCGCCCGGACCAGGAACCCCCCCAGGAACCUCGUACCGGGUCAGCCUGGACACACGCAGGAAACACCUCCCUGUGGAAAGCUGCAUGCAGGUCCAGCAGCCACUGGUGUGCGACCUGACCGGUGCGUUGGACCUAACGGAGACGUACAGCACCACAGUGACAGCUCAGCUGGACACACACUUUUCAAAGGAGGCCGUGAUCCCGGAAUUCCGACCCAUCAGUCACCUGGAGCUGCCGGUGCUGAGCGUGUCGCCCUGCGACUCAGACCUGUGUGUCCACCUCCACCUCCGGCCCGGACACCAACACUUCCUGGACACCUACACCAAUAUACAAUACCAGCUUCAGAUUAGGAGCAACACCAGACAGUUCACCAAAGACAUCCGGUCUCUAAACACGGUGGCUUUACCAGACCUGGUUCCUGGAACACGGUACUGCAUCUCAGUCCGCUUCAACGAUGAUCUGGUGGACAAGCAUUCCGACUUCAGCCAGCCUGUGUGUGCUUUCACCUCGGGCCUUUUCCCUACAGACGCCGUCAUCUCAGUGGGGCUGUGUUUGGUGGUGAUGGCUGCGUUGGGAGUCCUGGCCGUUCUCUUCUCUGCUGGUUUCAUCUGCCUGAGAAGGAAACCUCUGCCAUCAGUCUUGACUUCCUUCCGUCCCUCCGAGGAGAGCCAUUUAGUUGCAUCGUGGACCGUGUCCCUGCCCUCCUUGUUGAAGGUGUGGCCGAUAACGCCCUCUAAAAGAAGGAAAAACAGCAGUCAGUCAAGUUCGGAGGAGAGCGAUGAAGAGGGUUCAACAGAGAGCGCUGGAGGGAACACAGGAGGAGCUUACGAACACCAGACUCAUUCACUCACCUCAUCAUCUUGUUUGUUGGUGCCUUCUUCUACCAAGCCCCAAACAGUGGCCGGGUUGUUGCUUUCAGAGCCGCCCCAGUCCCAGACUUUAACAGACGUUCAGAGCUCUGCCGUCCCAACCAACAGACCGACUGCAGGGAGCGGUGGAGCAGAUAACCAGGAGCAGAUGCUGCAGGAAAGCUCUGGCAACGAUGUGAACCUCCUCACGCUGACCUUCGGUGGACAAGAGCUGCCGGAGGCCCUUGAGCAUGGCCAGCAAGGCCGGCACCCCCUUCCAGACAGGGGGGCGUUAGGGGAGGACAGUGGUACCCCAGUCCUGCCCUCUCGAACUGUAACUGCAGGAUGGGGGGCUGAGGAAGAGGAGGAAGAGCUGGAUGAGGACUGUGGAUACAUGGGGCGCUAGCCUUCACGUGGCCUGUAGAGUCUGCAUAGGACUGUUUCCUGCAGGCUGGUAUUGCUGCUUUUCCACUAGCAGCUUCUCAGCCCGACUCCACUCAACUUGUCCUCGUUUCUUUUCAACACCCAGAUCAGAAGUAGGAGGUUGGAGUGAAGCUGCUGUGACGUAUUUGAUUGUGCGACACAAACGAAGAAGACCCACUCCGGCUAUUGUGAUCUUUCACCGCACGAUAAUCGCUUUUUAACUUUUUCAGUUUGUCUCUGCGCUGCUGAAAAGUGCGAUUAUAGCCUUGAGCAGACAUGGACUGAGAAACUCUUGGUCUAUUCUUUCAUUCCUCGUGGCCCCAUCCAGCUCUCUCGAUAUUUUCCUCACCACCAGGUUUAAGAAGGUCUCCACCUCGGAAUUUGACCACGGAACAGAUUUCUGUGCUGCCAUUGUUCUUCAAAAAAAAUGAACAAGAAGCCGCGAGUCGCUCUUGAAAUGAUGUCCGACCAAUCGGUGUCCUGUAGUGUGAUGAUGUCAGAUACAGCCGACUCAGCAGCUUAGAACCUCGGCAGAAUAGAUACAGAAAAGUAUCUACUCGGCACGUUAGACCCCUAGUGGAAAAGAACCAAACCGAGUAGAGGAGAGUCGGGCUGAGGAGGUACUAGUGGAAAAGAGCUAUAUGAUGUCUCAUUCCCACAGGGAGUGAGAGCCGUGGCCUGGUCCUGGUCCUGGUUCUGGUCCUGGUCCUGGUCCUGGUCCUGGUUCUGGUUCUGCUUCUUCCUCAGGUCUCACCGGAAGCUUUUCAGAAGUGGCACACGCCCAAGUGCUGCCACCCUGGCUAGGUUUGUGAGAUUACAAGGUCGCAGCAACAUUUCAAGUUAGUCUGCUCUUUUAAAGACGGAUAUCUCACCACCACCUUCUUUGAGUAAUGACAUGUAUAUUAAAUGUUUAUACUGAACCUCCCCUUGUACUGUUCUAAAGCCCUGUGAAUUGUUCACCCAGAGGCUUCACCGGUUCAUGUCAUAUCCAUGUAGGAUGGGAGCCAGAUUCUCAAUGCCGUCCAACUGCCACGCGGCGUGAUCUUCUGUGUGUAAAUGGACGUAGCCUAGCAACAGUCCAGGUCCAAGAUGGACUUGAAACGUAAUUGUAGCUGAGCUGAUUUGAGCGGAGCGGCCUCUUCUGGGACGUUGAUUAUAACACCAGUUCACAGCACUGUCAAUGAGACCAUUGGCUAGAGCAGGGGUCGGCAACCCGCAGCUCUAGAGCCGCAUGCGGCUCUUUAGCGCCGCUCUAGUGGCUCCUGGAGCUUUUUCAGAAAUGUUUGACCUUUUUUUUUCUUUUUUUUUCUUUUUUCUUUUUUUUCUUUUUUUUUCUUCUUUUCUUCUUUUUUUUCUUCUUUUUUUCUCUUUUUUCUUCCUUUUUCCUUUUUUAAUCUCGACAUUUCGACUUUUUUCUCGAAAUUUCGACUUUUUUCUCGACAUUUUGACUUUUUUCUCGAAGUGCAUAAUGAAAAAAAAAAUUUUCCCCCAGUAAUAACUAAUAUAGAAACAUGCAGCAUGUGUUGCCUUCAUUCUAAGGCUGAUACAAGACUUUUCAUUUUUUGCGACUCCAGAAAUGUUUUUUGUGUUUUUGGUCCAAUAUGGCUCUAAAACAUGUUGGGUUGCCGACCCCUGGGCUAGAAUGACUAGGAUUCCCAGCAGCCGGCUCGCUGUUGCCACGUCAUGGCAGUUGUGUGCUCCCUGGGACUUGAAGUUUAGUCAUAAAACUAGAAGAAUCAUGACUUUUGAUCAGCUCCGUCCAGACUGUGAAGAUUCAGGCUCACAAUGUGUUGCUUACGAUGUGUUGCUCCCGGGUCUGGAGACCCGGAACUCUGCCAGGUCUGGACUCUGGAGACCCGGAACUCUGCCAGGUCUGGACUCUGGAGAGCCGGGACUCUGCCAGGUCUGCACUCUGGAGACCCGGGACUCUGGAGAGCCGGGACUCUGCCAGGUCUGGACUCUGGAGAGCCGGGACUCUGCCAGGUCUGGACUCGGUACAUCCAGGCUCUGAAGAAGCAAGUACUGGAGCUCUGGAACCCGUUUAGGUUGAGCAGGACUGGAUACACCCCUGACACCCUUCACCUAAGACUGACGCUGUGGUGGCAAAUGUGACCUCCUUUUGGUUCUGGAUAUAAUCCUGACCACGUGUGCAUUCCUGACCCGUUGGGUGAAAUUUAAAUAAAAACAUCCUGAUGAAUAAAUUUGACCAUGUUAUGCUUCA